AAUGGGCCUAUCUCCAGCCCUAACCAACCCUGGCCUACUGAACAAUGGCCUAGUUUCCCCAGCCUUAGCAGCCAGAGGCCUUGUAGCUGAAGGCAUUUACACUCCGACCAUGGAAUUCACGGCAACCAGUGGCGGCUCUCUACCAGUAACCAGUUCUUCAGCCAUCGCCCCAACUGGAAUUUCCAUAGUAUCUGAGAAUGUGUUUGAAGGUGCUCUGUCCGUAGCUGGUGAACUACCGUUCGUUGGUACUACGGGAAUGGAGGGAGCUAUGCCUUCUGCUGGUGCUGGUGCCAUAAACCAUGCUUGUGGUAAUGGUGUGACUGCUAUGGCAAGUGACUCUAUUGCUUACGGCGCUGGUGCGGCCAUUCCUCCUAUUGCUGCUACCUUCCCUGCCGGUCCGUUGGCCGCUCCAGUAGCUGCCUUUACUCCUAACCCUCUGUCUGCCAGGAUUGGGCUGAAUGGAUGUGCUGGUAACAUCGUGUAUUAA